AUGAGCUACUACGACUUGUCCUACCGAUACAAGUAUGAGCUCCGCGUGCCUGUCAUGGACCUCUUCGACUUGGCCUUGCAGACAGAAGGCCAUCGCGAGGUCCUUGAGAAGUUCAUCAAUGGUGAUGGCAAUGAUAGAUUUCAGAAGGUCUUGGAGGAUGACCGGACUGGUGACGGUGAUGAGGCGGAGGACAUCUAUCGGCGAAGUCGGAUGAACUACAAGGAGCAUGCCAAAAAGUACUUUGGCUUGGCUUCGAGGACAUGGAAGCAGAUGUGGCUGCUCUGCAAGCUCUGCGCUCCGACCAUCGUGGCCGGCUCCGUCGGGCUGGAGCAGCUACUGCACUCCUCGCUCGACGCGCAGCUUCAUUACCUGGUAGGGCCCGACAUGAAAAAGAUCAAGGCUUCACCUCAGGAAUACGAUGAGCUUGGAUUCAAUCCCAAGGAGCUCAUCAAACAGAUUGUGGAGAUGUAUCUGUUCCUUGCGAAAGCGAAUAAAGCAGAGGUGGUUCGCGUGGUCGGCAAAGAUGAGCGAUACUACAGCAGCAACACCUUCAGCAAGGCCACGAACUUCGUCAGGAAGUACGGCCUGCUGUCCAGUGGCGACCUCGAGGCCUUCACGGACUUCUGCAAGGAGCUCGCAGAGAAGGUGUCGCAACACCGAGCGGCCUUCGAUGAGGCAGAGAUCCCGCAAGAGUAUCUCUGUGAGAUCAUGGCAGACAUCAUGUCGGACCCGGUGAUGUUCCCGCAAAGCAAGAAGGUUGCGGACAGAACCGCAGCCCUUCGGGUCAUCAUGGGUGCGGACAAGGAUCCUUUUGCCAACACGCCCCUCAAGGUGGAGGAGCUUGUCCCCCAGACCGAGCUGAAAGAGCAGAUCCACAGAUUUGCCAAGGAGAAGGGCAUCGCGCUGGAAGGCGGCAACAUGUUCGACUGA